AUGUACAUUGGAAGGAACAUAUACAUGAAAGUGUUCUACCACAAUAUGCUUGGUGGUGUCUUUGCAAACAAAGAUCAAGCAAAAUAUAUAAAUUCCCAAUAUAAAUACUCUAUCUUAAAUGAGAUAAAUGACGAAUUCCGAGAUAAUGACAGAAAAUUUACGUUUGCUCUUUUCUAUCCAGAAAUAAAUCUGUACAACAUCUGGCAACAAAGCAACAGUCCUUUAAAUGAACCGAAGAAAUGGACCAAUAACAAUCACUACAAGGUUGCUGGUUAUCAAAACCUUACAAUUUUAGCAGAUCGACAAGAUUCUUAUUGCGUUUGGGGUGGUCUUGCUCUGAGCCACACAGAGAACUUGAUAGAUGGAUGCCCAGGUGGAAAAGACUGGUAUUUUACUAUUGGAUAUGUCGGUACUGAAUGGAACUAUGUUAGAAAUAAAAUUCCUUCAAAUGAUUCAAAGGUCAACAUUGUGAGCUUAUGGGUUAAAGUAAUUGAAGAUAAAUACAAGAUAUUACAUUCUUGUAUACAAAACUAUUUCAUCAAAAUGAAUUUUGAGUUUAUUGCGUUUAUCAUUAUCUUAGAAUAA